UGGUAUGAUGGAAGCCUGGGUGGUGAUCUUCUCUUCAGAGCUAGGGCACAGUGUAUGGAUGUAAAUGCAAGGAACUACAGGUGGUCUCAGUCCCGCAGCAAAGUGUGCCAGAUAUGUGACUCGGGAGAAGACGAGAUGGUGUAGCUUGAUGAUGGAGGCUGUGAAGGAGUAUCUGGAAAGAAUGUGGCGAGCGAGGUGUAGGGACCAUUAACGAAGAGAAAUGCUACUUUUUUUUUUUUUUUUUUUUUUUUUUUUUUUUCCUCUACAGGAGCAGCCGAUCCAAAGGCCUGAUCACUCUGGAGCAAUCCCGAGCCACUUGUAGCAUUAAGAUCAAGAUCAAGAUCGAGCAUCAUCUCGAUCAAGAUUGAAUGUUGUUGUCAACGGCGAGGAAAGGUAAACCCAGGACCUUCCUACAGAAAACAAAUCAGCUCAACUGCAUAUAGCUUGAGCACCUCACCACUGCAUACCGCACCUUUGGGGCACUAGAUGCUGUGACACACAGCCUGCACGGCCCCAACAAACCCCCAAGAAGAAGAAGAAGAGGAAAGGCAAUAUUCGGAGUGUAUUAACAUUCUUCUUGGAAACUUCUAAAAGAAUAAAACUUACUGUUACAAUGGAUGAGUCCCGUGUGACGUGUGUGUUCAAGAAGAGGAGCAUCAGGCCUCCAGGUGGCAUGCGGAAGAGGGCUGCUGACAGUGACAAUAGUAGUGAGGAUGAGACAAAAGUUGUCAAGAAGGGUAAAAAGAGAGACUCAGCUAACCCUCUCAUUCAGCGUAGUAAGAACAGAGGAAGAGCCAAAGAAGAAGACCACAGCUCCAGUGAGGACAGUGAGGAUGACUUGAGAUGUGCAUAUAAGUCUAGGCGCACUGAGGAUAGGGAGGGACCCAGAGACAUGGGUGCAACAUCUACCAUCCAGUUUGAGACAGAAAAGGACCGAGAUGCUCAGGCAGUAUUUGAGAGAUCAUUGCAAAUCAACAAGGAGACCAGAGGGAAAGAGGAUGACAAGGUGUACCGUGGCAUGAAUAACUAUGCUCACUUCUUUGAGAAAAAAGAUACAGCCCAGGGCAAUGCAGCUAGUGGAGGUGUGCGCAAGGGUCCAAUGAGGGCACCAGACAACCUGCGUGCAACUGUCAGGUGGGAUUAUCAACCAGACCUCUGCAAGGACUAUAAGGAGACUGGUUUCUGUGGCUUUGGAGACAGUUGCAAGUUCCUGCAUGAUCGCACAGACUACAAGCUGGGAUGGCAACUUGAGAUGGAGUCAAGCAAGGGAGGUGAUGAUUCUGAUGAAAACUGGGAAAUUCCAAGUGAUGAUGAACAUCUCCCUUUCAAAUGCUUUAUCUGCAGACAGUCCUUUGAAGAUCCUAUUGUUACUAAGUGUAAACACUACUUUUGUGAGAAGUGUGCCCUAGAUAACUUUAAGAAGACUAGAAGAUGUUUUGUGUGUUCUGAGGAUACUGGAGGAAUUUUCCUUCCUGCUACAGAUUUAAGGACAAGGCUGAAAAAUGGGAAUCUUGAUGAUAGUGACUGAGAACUGAAGUUAAAAUUAGUGAUUUUGUUGACAUAAUGCAUUUCAUGCAUCUAAAAUUUUUGACUCAUAUUUUUGUAAAACUCAAAAGUGGACUGGAGCUAGACACAGUAUUGGUGUUCAUGAAUAGGAAGAUUGUAGUUUAUAAGUAAAAGCUGCUAUUUAUGUAGAAAAUUAAAAGCGUGAAAUUAA